ACAAUUCAAGGACUCCCCCAAUUCCGAGGAAUCAGUACGUACCCUGUCCCACUAACAUUACCCCGACGUCACGCAAACUCCCGAACCCCAGACCUAGGCCGAGUAGGAGGGCCCCCAAAGGGUGAUCAGUCUCGUGGGUUUGGUCUGGGACCUGGGACUGAUUUCUUAUUUCGUUGAUUGCAAUUAGGGAUGCUACUUCUCCUCCUGUAACCCUUUUGUGUCCCACUUGCCUACGCAUAUCACCUCAGCAUGAGAUCUUCACUCUGUCCAUCCUGACCUCUAUCUUCUGCCCCGCCGCUCAGACGGUAAUGGACAAGCUCGCGAUGUCCACGAUGCGGUGCUGUCGCACUUACACAAUAGCUAAUCACGUUCGCUCUCCUGUUUUCCCGCAAAGCUCAAGUCGACCGUCAUUGCAGGCUUUGCAGCAGCAACAACAACAACCAAAGCAUCAACUGUCACAACAAAGAUGGCGUUCUACACAUCGCGGCGGCACCAGAACAGCCCUGUUCUUCCCCGGCCAGGGCGUUCAGCGGGUUGGCAUGCUGACUCCAUGGCUCGAGGCUUUCCCUUCGACAGCAUCGCAGUUACGAGACGAGAUCGACGAAUACAUGGGUUACAAGCUCUCCGACAUCAUUCAGAACGGGCCAUCAAAGCUUCUUACUGAGACACCCAAUGCGCAACCGGCCAUCAUGGCUACGUCCAUCUUCAUCCUGCGUAUCCUCGAACGCGAAUUCAACUUCAGAGUCACCGACCACUUCGACGUGACACUGGGGCACUCACUGGGUGAGUUUGCCGCUGUCGUCGCGGGCGGCUAUAUCUCCUUCCAGGACAGUCUACACCUCGUUCGUAAACGGGCAGAGGCAAUGUCGGACGCCACGAAACAUGCAAUUGAAAAGUAUGGUGGCGAAUAUGGCAUGGUGGCAGUUAUAUCCCAUCCGGAACAUAUGGACAGCCUGAUUCAGGCCAUUCGAGAGUUUGUCGGCAUCUCGGCUGAAGACCAGGCCGACCUGCCACCGAUUGAACAAGUUUUGAUAGCCAACAUAAACAGCAAGAAUCAGAUUGUACUGAGUGGAAAUAUCGAGCGUAUAAAGACGCUUAUCGCCCACGUCCGUCAAUUCCUUGGCUACGACCCGCGCGCCGUCCGUCUCAAAGCCGACAGUCCCUUUCACAGUCCCAUCAUGCAACCAGCCGUCACCGUAAUGCGCCAGCUCCUAGAAGAACCCAGCAGGGUAGAGGGUCGCGAAAAGGAGGACGUUGUGACAUUCCCGGGCAAAUUGCCCAUCGUGAGCAACGUGUCUGCGCGGCCAGUCUGCUGUAAGAAGGAGCUCAAGGAUUUGCUGGCCCGCGGCUGUCUGGAUACAGUUCGUUGGUGGGAUAGCAUCAAAUACCUAGAUCAAGAGGCGCGCAUACGACGAUGGGUGGGCGUCGGACCUGGAAAGGUCGGCCGCAAUCUUGUCGGAAAAGAGGUUGGCAUGCGCGGCAAGGACCUUGUGAAGGGAGGGGGCGUAUGGGCUAUUACGGAUCCAUCUGAGGUUGAGGAGGUUCUGAGAGGGCUUGAAGAUACGGCGAAUCUCAUGGAAGAUGAUGAGUAUUCAGAGUAAAAGCACGAGCUCGGAUGUGCCAGGGAUAUAAGAGACGGCUGUACAAGCCUUGGGUGAGUCGUCACAUAGUUCUUUAUUGGGAACUAUUCACUACCUAUUAUGAAUCUGGAGUGUAUGUUAAUAGGGUGGGAUAUGCUGCAUCAAGCAAGCGAUUAUGAAUUUUCACGAUUAUUGAAUUGUUUUGACAGCAUAAACAUAUGGAUACCAAGCAGUGCUAUAUACGCACUUGAAGGCUCUGUUCAGCUUAACUACCUAUACCAUGAAUAAUAGACAUGUACGGAUAAUGGUUUCUCAGUUGAUGGCCGGUUUCAGACAAUCGAACUAAAGAGAGACAUUCCAGCCUCCAGCCGCCUCAUCAUGCUUCCAGCUU